AUGGUCAUUAAACCCCCUACCACAUAUCUCCCGGGGCGUGUCUCCCGCUUCCGUGGGCCACGACUGACCAAGAUAAAUCAAUAUUUAAUCAAUCAAUCUAUCUAUCUAUCUAUCUAUCUAUCUAUCUAUCUAUCUAUCUAUCUAUCUAUCUUGCAUCACAGGCUGCCUUUUGAUAUAUUUUCACUGAUUUAUCUAUGUCAGUUUCUUCAUAUUUUUCUGAGUAUUCAUAUCUAUAUCCUUAACGCUUAUAGCUGUCUUUUAUAUCUAUCUAUCUAUCUAUCUAUCUAUCUAUCUAUCUAUCUAUCUAUCUAUCUAUCUAUCUCUUUCUCUUCAUUAUCUAUCUAUCUAUCUAUCUAUCUAUCUAUCUAUCUCAUUUUGUUCAUUAUCUAUCUAUCUAUCUAUCUAUCUAUCUAUCUAUCUCUUUCUCUUCACUAUCUAUCUAUCUAUCUAUCUAUCUAUCUAUCUAUCUAUCUCUUUCUCUUCAUUAUCUAUCUAUCUAUCUAUCUAUCUAUCUAUCGAAUUUUUUUUAAUAAAAUCUUUCUCCGUCUAAUCAUGUUCAUCUAUCAAUCACAUUUUAGAAUGUUUGUUUUAUUCGGCUUACAUUUUUGUCGAAAUCUAUUUUGA